AUGGCUAAAAGUAAUGGCUUCAUCGGCUUCUUCUCUUCUGAUUAUAACACUUUUAUUUCUCUCGUUUUUACUACACCCAUUGCUACAACGCUACUAUGUCUUUCCCUCAACGGUACGCUCUUCUCCGGCGCAUUCCUCAAGUUUGUCAAUGACAACCGCCCUUCGGUCCAAUUCGCUGUUCAGAUCAUGGCCAACAUGAUGUCUGCUCUGCAGAUCGUUGUUAUCUGCAGGGUUAUUAACCUUGGUGUCCGAAGACGCCUCAAGACUAGGAGCAUGAGUCUUGAUCUGAUGCGAGCGUGGAUGGACGCCAUGAUACCACGCAUCAACUGGGAAUUGCCUUUUGUACAUAUCCUUCUGUUGGGCCUCUUGGUCUCGGUCUCUAUGGUGCUGAGCGCUAUCUGGGCUGCUGCCAUGACACCUGUUGAGACCUUUGAGUACAUCGAAGGCACCGUCCAGAUUCCAAGCUGGGAUAACCUCACCCAUAUUAAAGAAUACCCUUCAGAAGUUGGCUCAGUAGGACCUACCAAGCAUACCGCUCUUGGGAAGUUCACAUACUCGGUGGGUAUCCAAAUGUUGGGCAGUCUUCUCGCCUCCGCUGCUUCGGCAUCGCCCAUCCACAACUCAACACGCAACCAUGAGAAGUUGGACCAAACAGGCUACAGCUACGUCGGCCGAUCAUACGGCGUUGGCUCCUCCCCAGGUCUAGGCGAAGUCCACUUCCAAACCGGACACAGUGUACUCGGAUGGCAAUACCAGGAAGUUGGAUACCGCGCUAAAGUCAACUGCAUCUACAACGCAUCUAGCGACUUCAAACUCUACCAGGAGGACGCUGUUAUACGUUGGGCCGCACACGGAGAACUUCCCGAUAGCGACGACGGCUAUGAACAUUCCACUUAUGUCGGAUUCGGUGAUGGAAACGCUGUUGUCGCCAUUGGAGUCGCGCACUUUAAGGACAAGGAUGCAAUAGUCGCCCCCGAGAGAAAAUACAUUGGCUUCGCGGCGGGGGGCUUCUACAAAUUCUUGAAUACGACGCAGUGCGAGGUGGACUUUGAGCCUACACUCUUCAACGUCACGGUCAGCAGUCGAGGCAAGAACAUCACAGUUGUGCCAACAAACGAUACUAGAGUUCGCGAUAUGGAUCCGACUCGCUGGAUAAAGGGCACUGUCCUUCGUCAGUUUGAGCUUAUUGCCAACGACGAGACAAAUCUGUACGUAUCCACCGUUGGUACAGCUUUCAAUGCCUCCAUCACCGAUCAUCGUCUUCGUCUUGAGACGAACAACACUCUCACCUCGAGAACAUCCGCAAACGUCACCCUCGAAGGUGUCGAAAACGCCAUCACCGCUAUGGUGGACGACAUGCUGGUAGCAUAUGCCUCUGCGCAAUUCAUGGUUGGAGAGUUCAAAGACGAAGUCAAAGGCUCCAUCCGAGUUACAGCCAUCAUCAUCGGCGAAAAGAAAUUUGCCAUAGCUGCAUUUUCGCUAAACAUGGCUAUUAUAGCACUGUUCCUAAUCGAAGCUAUUCGAACAAGAGGCUGGAAGGAUAUUACUGAGUUUGAUCCUUCGGAUAUUCGCCAUGUAAUGAUCGCUGCGUCUGAAGGAGGUGCAAAUCUCGCUCAAGUCGGAUUCUCUAAUAGAGAGAAGUUGGGCAAGAUUAGUGUGAGGGUGGGUGAGACUGGGGCUGGGAGAUUUACGCUGUCGGUUGAUGGGGAGGUAUCGCCCACUGUCAAGUAUGAGAGUAUGAGGGGAGCUAAUGGAGGUAAUGAUGACGAUGUCGAGAGGUAUAAAGCGUCUGUCGUUGAGACCAUCAGUACCAGGUCGCGAGAUAGGAGCAUAUGA